GGAGCGAUUUUCGAACGUAGCCUAGCCGGAAGUUUACAGUUUUAGGUCGCGCGAUUUGAAAGAGUAGAAAAUAUUCAUUAAAUAUGCAGGAUUUAGCAAAACUUAAAUAUGCAGAACUGCGUAAAUUGGCUAAGAAAGCAGGCAUUAAAGCAAAUUUAAAGCAAGAGAAGCUUGUUGCAGAGCUGACCAAGUACUAUGAGAAAAAUGAUAAACAGGAAGCAGGUCCAGUCAAAUCAAAGACUCCAACAUCAGUUACGGAAUGCAAAAAAACAUUUCUGGGGAAAGCAAAAACACCAGUAUUGGUUGCAAAAAAACAUACUCCAUCAAAAGCUUUGACACCAGCUAGGGUAAAUACCACAACACCCACACAAGUAGGACAGUCUGGUACUCCAGGUUCAGCUAAACCUAAUUCAAGAUGGGAGAAACGUGUCUUCUCUCCAGCUGUAGCAGUUAGACCAGCUUCCUCAAAUGUUAAACCUGACAUACCCAAAGUGAAAGUAGCCACUCCAACAAUCAGUUCAGCAACAACACCCAAUAAAAAACCUGCAAUAAUGCCCAUUUCCAAUAAGGUUGCAGCCAAAAGAAAACAGUCAGAAACACCUGAUGUUUGCCAGCCAGCAAAGAAGCGAAGAAGUACAUUUGAUAAAGCACAGACACCAGAAAUUAAAUCUCCAUCGGUUACUGAUAGCACAAAAAAGAGGAGGAGUACUUUUGAAAAAGCCCCCACACCAAAUCUUAAGACACCUGAGGUUGGAAGCCCAAAUCGUAGACGUUCUGGUCGUCAGAGCACAGGUAGCGCUGAGUCGGUGACUGAGAUGUUAGGGGCAAUGAAGGAUGGUAUGAAUAGUGAAGAAAUGAAACAGAGUUUAAUGUCUGUCCUAGAUAAAAGAGUUAAAGAAAAAGUGACAGUGGAACCAUCCUCUGUUAACAGUAGUACCAGUAUACCAAGAUUUGCUGCAUUUGUAAAGAAGAGAAAGGAAACUAAACCCAUCACUCCAGGGAACAAAAACUGGGAGAAGAUUCACCAGAAGAAUUUUGAAAAGUUUGAUCCAAUUGAUGUAUAUCUAAACAAGAAGCGUAAACGAGCUGAGGAAAUGACUGCAUCCGUGAAGAAAGCUAAGACAUUACUGGGUGAAGUUCGUAAUGCCGUUGAUAAAUUGAAGGCUCACAAGACACCAGAAACUAAUGAAAAUAAAUUCUUAAAGCCUAGAACAUCCAAUGUUAACAAGACAACACCGUUCAAGCCAACAGUGCUGAAUACAAGUAAAAUGAACCUGAACUUUGGAGCUAAGAAGUCACCCAAGACUUUACCUAGGAAAUCUCCAAAGUCUGUCAUCUCCUCGGCAGUGAAGUUUGCUGAGCCAGCAGCUAGAAAAUCAACUGGUUCAGUAGCUCCAAGAAAAUCCACCACCACACCAUUUAAGUUUACAGCGACGUCCACACUGAACAACACAGUUACAUCCAGCAAGAAGUUUGACCUUAAAGCAAGUCUGGCUAGGCCAAUCACAUGGAAGACACACAAAGGAAAGUUGAAGCCAUUGGAGGAUUCCACAAAGAGUCCUGUAUAUAUAAAAGGCCAAAGUGCUGUUAAAAUAAAAAAGGACAGGGAAGUGACAAGAAAGAAUGUAGCAAAACGACGUGCUGACAAGAAGCAUGAUUCUCAGAUGGCAAGACGAGGGAUUAAAAUAUAAAUAUCUGAAUAAUAAACUUUCAAUCUGAACUUUUAUUCUAUCUGAGUUUCUUUAAGACAUAUAACAAGGAAGAAUGUUUCAAACAGAAUGAUGAUUCAGCUUUAUUUGAACACUGGGCAAUGUUAACUAUGGAGACAAGUUUAGUUUAUACAUAUGCUCUAGAUUUGAUAGAGAUGUUACAUAAGGAUUAUUGUCGCAACCAAGUGUAGAAUCAGAUAACUGUUAAUAUUAUCAUUAAUAGCGUGUGGUUACAUGACACAGCUUUAGAUUCUAAAGUUAAAGAGACUGUCUCAGGUUUGUAUUGAGAAAUAAUCUAUUUUCAAUGACAGUUCUGAAUAGUAUUAAAGAUAAAAUGAUGAAACAUUUAUUAUGACAGAAUAUUACUGUACUACAAGUGUAAAUUAUCAUUUCAAAAUGGAAGUUAUAAUUGAUCUUUGGAGACAUAUUUUUAUGUAAUUGAUAAUGUAUGUAUGUCUUAGACUAGCAUCAUAAGACAAGUGAUAUAUAUUAUAACUGGUAUUGUAAGUUUUGUUUGUAUUUUACAUUUGGUUCUACAUUGAAUACCUAUCUCUAAUUGACCAGAUAUAGUCACUGUUCUUUGACAACAUUACACAGUUUCUGUUUGGGGGGCAUCUGUGCGUCAGUGGUUAGGUUGCUAACUUGCAAUUAUUUCCCCAUUACUGUUAUGGGUUCAAAUCCCACCAGAGAACACUGAAUAUCUUAUAUGAAGAAGGCUAUGGUUUGACUUUGGUGACUGCUCAUGAUUGAAAUAUUGCAACUGUAGGUCUUCCUUCACCAUUAAAAGUGAAGUUAUCAUAUAACCUUUACUAUGUUGAUGAAAUUUAAAACACAAAAACUGAUUUCUGUAUUUUUCUUUUGAAAGUGUGGAGACAGAGAAUUUCUUCUAUUUUGUUCUAAAAUAGACUUGAUUUCAGUAAGAUUAAACAUUGUCCCAUUUUUAUACGCCCGUUUGAAAAACGGGACGUAUUAUGGGAACGCCCCUGGCGGGCGGGCGGCGUCCAAUUUUGUCCGGAGCAUAUCUCCUACAUGUAUGGAGGGAUUUUAAUGAAACUUCAUAGAAAUGUUCACCACUAUGAGGAGCAGUGUCGCGCACAUGAACCAGGUCUCUAGGUCAAAGGUCAAGGUCACACUUAGAGCUCAUUGAAAAAUGCUUGUCCGGAGCAAAACUUCCACAUGUAUAGAGGGAUUUCAAUAUUACUUGGCACAAAUGUUCACCAUUGUGAGGCUGAGUGUUGCGCACAAGAUUCAGGUCCUUGCGGCCAAGGUCAAGGUCACACAUAGAGGUCAAAGUUCAAAUAAAAAUAUGAAGAUGUGUAUAUGGACCAUUUAGUCAUCAUUUAUUGAGGGAUUGUAACACAAAUGGUCAUUAUCAAGACUAUGGCUGUGAUACAUAUAAUUUAGGUCAAUAUAUACAAGGUCAAGGUCACUAAAGAUGAUGAAAUAUCCAGAUUUUGUCCGGAGCAUAUCUCCUACACGCAUGGAGGGAUUUUAAUGAAAUUUCAUAGAAAUGUUCACCAUUAUGAGAAGCCAUGUCACGCACAUGAACUAGGUCUCUAGGUCAAAGGUCAAGGUCACAGUUAGAGCUCAUAGAAAAACGCUUGUCUGGAGCAAAACUUCUACAUGCAUAGAGGGAUUUCAAUAUAAUUUGGCACAAAUGUUCAUCAUUGUGAGGCUGAGUGCCGUGCAUAAAAUUCAGGUCCCUGCGACCAAGGUCAAGGUCACACAUCCUGUGCAUAUCUUCCCUACUGAUUUGUUUUAAGGUUCAUUUAACAACACAGUGCCAAGAAUAAAAACUUGCUUGCUAGAUAACACUUAUCCAUAAUGCCCCCAUCUCCAUCUAAAGCUUUCGUAAAUGGGCGUAUUUUGUGACUAUGGCACCCUUGUUUUUAUAUUAUCACUAUUACAACAGAAUUUUAGAAAAAUAUUUAUAUGAUUUAUAAUACAAUAUCUGACCAGUUUACAUUAAUUCUCUAUAUUUAGUAUUUUCAUAUGUAAAGAACAAUGUUUUAACAUUUUAUGUUGUAAAACUGUAUUUCUUACUUUUGCUUUUAUCUUAUCUUUCCCUAAAUUUCUUUUAUCAUAUGUACAUAAUCAUUUCAUCAUCAUCACAAUAUUCAUCCUCUUCGUUAUUUUCUACUUUCAUUUUAUCAUUAGAAUGUAGUUUUCAUAAAUAGACAUGUAUGCCUAAGUUUAAUGUCAUAAUAUACCCUUUGCAAACACUGCUUUCAUUCAAGGUUUAAUUGCUUGUAUAUUGUAGAAAACAUCUUGAACUGCUAUUCAUGGGAUUGUGUUUGCAGACUAGAUUAUUUGUAAGAUGCAUAGGCGCUAGUCACAUAAUCAAAUAUUUUACAUAAUCGGCCUAUAUAUGUAUAUUAAGAUACAAAUGUAUCUUAUUAUAGUAUAUAGCCUAUAUAGAAUAUAAAAAAAGUUUGUUUCAAGCACUGCUAUCUUUGUUCUGUAAUAAGGGAGGUAAUUAUUGAAAUAAAGAUAGAGCAAGAAAAGUGUUGGAGCACCACACUAAAUACCUUAUUCCGGUAUAUACUGGACAAGGCCCUUGAAUGAUAAAGAGCUAAAAUCUCGCCUUUUCACCUGCCGGAAAUGCAUUUUAAGACAACUGCCAUUUGAACAGAUUUAUAUAUGAUCAUGAAUGAAAAAUGUAAGAAUUGGUGAAAACAGUGAUAUUUGUCUUCUUUGUGAUCAUAAUUUCUGCAAGUAUCUAGAGGGACUGCUAGUGAGUUAAAUCCAAUAAGGAUGUGGGUGUAACCACUGUGAUUACUUCCCUUUGUAUUGAACUAACAAUUUUAGCUAUGGUAAAAGGUUCAUGCAAUGUUAUAUACAUCUUGACUAACCAUACUCAAUAACAACAUUUUUACAUUGGUAUGAUCAUAGUUUUAGUUGUGUAACUAUCAAGUGGUUAGUUUAUCCUGUUCUGAAAAUGCCUGAACAUGCUUUUUAAGUUAAAUAAUUUGUGGCAUUAUGUGUAAUUUUAUUAUUUAUGUUCAAUGUGGGUUUUUUUUUUAUAUUUACUUAAGUCUUUAUUCAGGGAAUGAAAGGAAAAUAUUGUACUUUUGAAUAUAUAGGUUAUGUCAAUAUAUGAUGAUGAUGUUGGUGAUGUGAACACAACACUUUACAAAUUCCAUGUGCUUGCCAUGUUUGUCACUGACAGGAAUGCCGAUGACCUCGUUCUUCAUUUUUCGAUUUCGUUGAAAAACAAGAUCACAUUUCGGCAAUUUUAUUUAUUGAUGGCACUGUUUGUGUACACUCCUUUGUGUAUUAAUGAAGAUUUAUGAAAUAUGUUUUAUAAAUAUCUAAUAAAGUCAUGAAUGUUUUCAUGUUAGGUUACAAAUAAUAUACUCCUAUGUUGGCAUUUAUUUGGCAUCCAUGUGUAUUAUUAUUUUUUUGUUCAGUUUUGGUGUAAUGUCUUUUUCAAAGCUUUUACCAUAUUAAAUAAUUAUAUCCAGUAA